AUGAAUAGUUUUUGUUAAAUACAUGGAAAUUAAUUGAUAACUCAUAUAUGUACCUUUAAUCAUGAUUGUUAAAAACGAAUGUGUCCAGAUUGUUAAUAUGAUCAUUAAAAAAUUGUUCCUGGAUAGAAAAUUAUUCCAAUUACCAAAUUUAUUGAAGAGAUGAAUUCUACUAUAUUUGAAUAUGAUUCUACGACUGAAGAUAUUAUUGAAAAGAAAAUAAAAAUAAAUUUUGAAACAAUUUUGGUUGAUAUAUUGAAUUUGUCACAGAAAGCCCAAGAUAAUAUUAGGAAAAUUUUUGAGGAAAUAAGAUAAAGAGAUGAUUCUUAUUUAAAAUUAUUUGGCGAGCAUCCGCUUGAAAUGUCUUUGAAGGAUCUGAAAAAAUUAACAAAUAUUCGGCAUAAUCAAAUUUUUGAGAAGUGGAAAAAUUAAAAGAAAAUCCUUCUCUAAAUGGUUGAAAAUAAUGUAAAUUCGAUUUAUAAUUCCAUUGGGAAUAUUACUAUGACUUUGGAGAAUCAAAUCAAUCAAUGGAUUGAAGAAAAAUCAACAAAUAUUGAUCAUGAUUCUCCAUUUUCAUAUGAAUCAUUACAAUUCCCUUUGUAUUUUGGAAUAAGACAUGGAUAGACUUCCUCUAAAAGAUUAGGUGUAUUUGAGGAGUAUGGAUAAAUCAAAUUAAAUGAAAAUAUGAACAUUAUAAAUUAAAAAGGAUUUGUUUUAAAUUAAUAAAAAUUGAAACUUACAGAAUUCUCAACUAAAAUAUUAUAAGAUUCUGGAUAUUUAUAAUAUUUGAGAGAUGGAGUUGUCUUGAAAACAGAGAGGAUUUCUGAUAUUAAUUAAUCCCUUCAAAUCAUAAAAAAUUUAGAAUAGGUUUAGCAUCUCAGAUGGGAAGGUUCACAUGGAUAAUAGUUGUAGAAGGUUGGCUUAUGGAGUGCUUUUUGGUAGGGCAAAAAAUUAGAUAUCGGAGGAAGAUAUAAUGAGGAUGGAUAAAAAAUAGAUUAAUGGAUUGAAUUGUCAAAUAUCUAUCAGAGCUAAUGCUAAGUUACUGAAACAGGAAAAUAUUAAAAUGGAAGGAAAAAAGGGUAUUGGCAUACCAUAUAUAAAGGCUAAUUAAUAGGAGGGGGAUAGUAUGAUGAAAAGUAGGAAAAUAAGGUCGGUUAAUGGAAAGAAAUUCACUUAAAUUUUAAUAAGUUUAACUAUAUCAUUCACCUGUAGCUAAUGCCAAAUAUUUUAUGA